AUGCGGACAGCCCGAGGUAGCCUAAUGAUGGAUUUUGAUGAGCGUGUUCCUUGUUCUUCUAACAUGUACUUGCCAAGUUGCACUUACUACGUCUCGGGUCCUGAUUUCUCCAGUCUUCCUUCAUUUCUACCCCAGACCCCAUCUUCUCGUCCCAUGCCCUACUCUUACUCCUCCAACCUAGCCCAGGUGCAACCAGUCAGAGAGGUUACCUUCAGGGAGUAUGCCAUUGACACCUCAACUAAAUGGCACCCCAGGAGCAAUCUGCCCCACUGCUACUCAGCAGAUGACAUUAUGCACAGGGACUGCACAGGCACUACUGCCAUGGGGAACAGCUCUAAUGUCUACCACCCCAAUGCCAACGUGCCCUCCAAUUUCUAUAGCACAGUGGGCAGGAAUGGGGUGCUGCCGCAAGCCUUUGAUCAGUUCUUUGAGACAGCCUAUGGCAGCCCGGAUAAUAGCACCCAGCAGCCCUCGGAUUACUCUGUGGACAAACACUGCGACAAAGUGCCAGGAGCCUCUGCGACAACUUCAAGUUCGGAGCCCUGCAGGGAAGCAGAAGAGAAGGAGAGGAGGACGGAGAGCAGCAGCAGCAGCCACAGCAGCUCCCACUCAUCUUCCGGCAACAAUGAGGACAAAGCCAAUGUGUCCAGUGGACAGCGUACCCGUAAAAAGAGGUGCCCUUACACCAAAUAUCAAAUUAGGGAGCUGGAAAGGGAAUUUUUCUUCAGUGUCUAUAUAAACAAAGAGAAAAGGCUUCAACUAUCACGAAUGCUCAAUUUAACCGACCGACAAGUCAAGAUCUGGUUUCAGAAUAGGAGGAUGAAAGAGAAAAAAAUUAACAGGGACCGACUGCAGUAUUAUUCCGCCAACCCUCUGUUAUGAGACUGCCAGCAUUUCCCGGAUCUAUGCCUGUUGAUAUGUGG